ACCACACUUUUAGCUUAAAGCAAAAUAAGCAAAGCUACUCCAGUAGACAACAUGUUCUCUUCAGAUGAAAAUCUCUUUAACUUCAUCGUUUCCUUCAUUCUUGUUAUGGCAUUUCCCACCUUCAUCUUAUGUCAAUUCUUCACUUCUCCUUACGGCAAACACUACACUUCAGCUGAUUCAGGUACCACUAUUUCUCCGCCAAUCGCGUGGGCUUUCAUGGAAAGUCCUACGCUUUGGCUCACAUUUAUCGUAUUUCGAUUGGGGAAAAAUUACACAAAUCCAUUAGCUUUUAUCCUAAUUUCACCUUACAUCUUCCACUACAUAAAUCGAACAAUCAUUUACCCUCUUCGCCUCCGUAGCAGAAGCACAAAGAACAAUUUCCCUCUGAAUAUUGCAGUUACGGCUUUUAUUUUCAAUUUAUUGAAUGCUUACAUACAGAGCAGAUGGGUUUCUCAUUACGCUAACUAUGAAGAAGACGAGUCAUUUAGGGUUAGGUUUGGUAUUGGGCUGGGCUUAUUCGGGUCGGGUAUGGUGGUGAAUAUUUGGGGCGAUGGGGUUUUGUUGGGCCUGAAGAGUCAAGGAGGUGGAUACAAGAUACCGAGAGGUGGGCUUUUUGAUUAUGUGAGCAGCCCAAAUUAUUUGGGAGAGAUAAUGGAAUGGUUGGGCUGGGCUUUGAUGACCUGGUCUUGGGCUGGGCUUGCGUUUUUUGUGUACACGUGUGCUAAUUUGGUUCCUCGAGCUGUUUCGAAUCAUAAAUGGUACGUGGAGAAAUUUGGAGAAGAUUAUCCCAAGAAUAGAAAAGCUGUUUUCCCCUUUUUGUAUUGAUAAAAUUAAUACAUGAAUAACUUUUAUA